UCAAUCUGCGUCAAUCGCGCACGCACGCGGGGAUGAACGUUUAAUCGCGCGCGUGCGGCGCCAGCGAGAGCAAGUGAGCACGAGCGAGCGAGCGCGAGAGAGAGAGAGAGAGAAGGAGAAAGAUGUCGAAAGCCGCUGACAGGCAGAGCUAUGCGCAGACCUACAAGCUCGUCGUCGUGGGUGGGGGCGGUGUCGGAAAAUCGGCAAUCACGAUACAAUUCAUCCAAAGUUAUUUCGUGACCGAUUAUGAUCCAACAAUCGAGGAUUCUUACACGAAGCAAUGUGUUAUCGACGAUGUUCCAGCCAAACUUGACAUAUUGGACACUGCUGGACAAGAAGAAUUUAGCGCGAUGCGCGAACAAUACAUGAGAAGUGGCGAGGGAUUUCUUCUCGUGUUUGCUGUCACCGAUCAUUCGUCCUUUGAUGAGAUGUCAAAGUUUCACAGGCAGAUACUUCGAGUAAAGGAUCGAGAUGAAUUUCCCAUGUUAAUGGUUGGAAAUAAAGCAGAUUUGGACCACCAAAGGAGUGUAUCAGUUGAGGAAGCACAAAAUCUGGCGCGUCAGUUGAAAAUUCCAUACAUUGAGUGCAGCGCUAAGCUACGGAUGAACGUCGAUCAAGCUUUCCACGAGCUGGUGCGAAUUGUCAGAAAGUUUCAACUUUCAGAACGGCCACCACUGAAACCAAAUUACAAGAAGAAUAAGAAGAAGUGUGCCGUACUGUAAUAACGAAACUAUUUAGCCUGACGAUUUAUCCCACACUGAUUGGAUAAUAUUUUUGGUGGUAAGUUCUAAUUCUGGCAAAAAGAUAUAAAUAAUGAUAAAUUCAAAAUGGCACGAAAGAUUUGACUCAUGAUACACUUUAUCGCAAAAUAAUUGCACUUCUGCGCAAAUAAAAUGUUGUUUUUCGUGUUCAAGAUUGACAACAGCGCAGAUUUCAAUAUCGAUUAUUAAUAAAAUGCCAACUCCGCGUCAAAUUUAUUAAUUAUUGCAUGCGUUUCUGUAACUGUUGUGCCUUUUAAGAUAACUAUUACCGUUGACAUUCAUUAUCGUUCCACGGCGAUAAGAAUAAUAUGUUUAAUUAUGUAUAAUAUGAGACAGUAAAAUAACUUUUUUAACUGCUUGCGUUUAAUUUAUAAUAUAUGUUUUAGAUAUUAUAAAUUGAACGCAAGGAAUUAAAAAACAAAGUUUAAUGAAAAGUUAAUUUUUCUUCUAUUAUAUAUAGCGAGUCAAUUUUCGCUGAGCAAAAAUUUGAAAUACAUAUAUAGCCCGAUAACAAAUAUAAACUAUUUUUGUAAUAAAUUUUACUAGGAAAGCAGUCUAUUAAUAUUAUUAUUGAGUAAAAGUUUAAAACAAUUUACAGUUAUUAUCAGUAACGCGAUAUUAAGAUUAUAUAUAGUACUAUGAUAUAAUUGGAUUUAAUAGUGGACAACCGCAGAUCCUACAGUCCAUCCACAGUGUUUAUAGGUUUGUUUCUGCUCGCUGCGGUAUAUUAAUGAUCUCGAAUUGCAGCGAAACACAAUUCGCAAUUUGUUGCGAAUUGAAAAACGGGUUUUACUUUAUAACGACACAAGUUCGUAUGACAAUAUUGUAUGACCAACAUUUUGAAAUAUAAAGGGAAUGUUUCAUAUAUACUAAGAACCAAGAUAAUUAAAAAAUAUAUUAUUCUAAUAUAUUAUUCUAUAUUUUUAUGAAAUAUAGAAUAUGCUUUUGCUCUUCAUCUCUCAUUUUAGGAAAAUACUUUAGUUAGAGAUAAUUAGUUAAAACAUUUUAAUUUUAUUCAUUUGAUUCGAUGAAUAUACUGGCAAUAUUGUAUUGAUAAGAAAUGCAUUCGAUCGAGAAAGUUAAUAUAAAUAUUUUAGAAUGACGAUUUCAAAUACACUAUUCAGCCACUUGUCAAAAAUACUCCUGCUAUUAUUAGGAGCAUUCGUCUUCCUCUAGGUUGAGUCAUAAUGUCUAAUUGCAAAAUUGCGAAGUCAAAAUAACUCAGUAAUAUUGCGAAACGAACCGAAUUAUCAAAUGCGAACUGAGUAAAUAUACCAUUUGCAUUCGAGUUAUUUCUAUGGGAAUUGUUCGAAUUGUUUAAAGCUAUAUUUACACAUAGCAUUUAGUGGUUGAAAUUUUGUGCAAAUUACAAUAAUAACAUCAGAAUGGGGCCAAUAACAUUUUUAAUGCAGAUGAUCUUGUAAUUAACAAAUAAUAAUAUUUUAAUGCCAUAUACUCCACAAGUUCCGAUUAGCACGCUGCGUUUAGAUCCUAAUUUUGAUGUUAAACAAUAUUGUUAAAACAAUUAAUGGUUUUUAUAUUUACUUACAUAAUUCUCUUCUUGUAUUGAUAUUUAAGUGUCUUCCAAUGUUAUCCUUUAAAUACAUGUAACUUUAUUUAAUGUUAUAUUUAAUUUAUAAAAACUAUAAAUUGAUAAUGUAAUUUUAAUGUUAUUUUAAUUUUUUAAUCUUUGAUUCUCUGACAAGAAGAAAAAUGUGUGGAAAUUAAAAAUUUUUUUACAAGUACGAAAAUGUUACUACACUUUGUUCUGUUAAAUUUAGUUUUAUUUAUAUCUCUCUCUGUUUAUUGAAUGUUACUUGUAAUAAUAAUAAUGUGAUUGGGUAUCCGUGGUUACAAACGCUAUAUUUGUGGAGAGAUAUGAAAAUGUGUUCAGCUAAUUUCGGUUUCACCAACAACGAAAGAUAUUUUUAAACCUUGACUUGUCAGAGCAUCACGUUUUGUCAAAGCUUCGAUGUUGGUGAUACCGAGAUGUACUAAUAAUAAUACUAAUAAUAUUACUAGCUUUAAUAACGCAGCUGAUAAUAUACAAUAUAUAUAUAAGCCUACAAAACGACACUUUGACAGGAAUUUCAAAAUUAUGCGAUGAUAUGAUAUCAUACUUAACAUUAAUAAUUGAUAUAUAAAUGUGUAUUUUACAAAAUGUUACAAAAUGUAACAUUUACGAAACUCUAAGAAUCAAAUAAAAAAUUCCAUUUAUUUUUGUAAUUAAAUAUAUAUUUAUAUAUUUGUAAAAAUAAUGUCUAUAGCGAACUGAUUUUUAGAUUCAAUCUAUGUUUGUUAACUUCUGUAAACCAAAUAAUAUGAAUAUAAAUAAUUGUUA